GAAUUCAGAGAAGCUUCAGAAGCUGCAGGCAGAGGACGCAUUGAUCAGAUAUGGGCCAAGCUGCAACGCAGCCAAGUACCAACUGGCAUCUGAAAGAAAAUGCAAGAGAACACCACACAAGUAAAUUUUCUAGUGAAGAGCUGAUUGUGAGGAGAGGACAGGCCUUCACUGUCACCUUCAAUGGAACAGAACGGCCUGAGCAAAACUUAAUAUUCAUUGCAGAAACAGGUCCCAAACCCUCAAAGGCAACUAAGACCCUGGCCACGUUUGAUAUCUCCAGCACAGUGAGCAAGGAGGGCUGGAGCGCAGUUCUACAGUCCACCAGUUCCAACUCUGUGAGCAUCUCCAUUUCCAGCCCACAAAAUGCUAUCAUUGGACGUUACAGGCUGAGUGUUCAAAGUGGCAGCUCCUCUCCAGCAAGUCUUGGCACUUUUGUUUUGCUUUUUAACCCUUGGUCUUCAGGUGAUGAUGUGUUCAUGCCUAACAAGGCUGAGUGUGAGGAAUAUGUGCUAGAAGAGUUUGGCAUCAUUUUUGCAGGCAAUAAAAAUCAUAUCAGCAGCUUUGGAUGGAACUACGGCCAGUUUCAAGGAGACAUCCUCAAUAUUUGCCUGUCCAUCAUGGACAGAAGCUUAUACUACCGUCAGGAUCCUGUCACUGAUGUGUCUCACCGACACGACCCCAGGUACCUGGGCCGUGUUCUCAGUGCAAUGGUCAAUGCCAAUGAUGACCAAGGGGUGGUGAGAGGAAACUGGAGUGGAAAAUACGAGGAUGGUAAAAAUCCCAGCAGCUGGACAGGAAGUGGUGAAAUCCUGCAAAGCUGGAAGAAAUCAGGAUUCAAACCUGUAAAAUAUGGACAAUGUUGGGUUUUUGCAGCAGUAUUGACUACAGUGCUUAGAUGUCUGGGGAUUCCCACUCGUACAAUUACAAACUUCAGUUCUGCCCAUGAUGCAGAUGGAAAUCUGCGUGUGGAUGAGUUUUAUGAUGCAGAGGGAAAUCAUUUGGAGAGGGGAGCUGACAGUGUGUGGAAUUUCCAUGUCUGGAAUGAAAGCUGGUUUACACGAAACGACUUGGGCCCCUCAUACAGUGGAUGGCAAAUUCUGGAUGCAACUCCCCAAGAACAAAGUGGAGGAAUUUAUCAGUGUGGUCCUGCCUCACGACACGCCAUCAAAGAAGGAGAUGUUGAUCUGGACUACGAUGGCCCAUUCGUGUUUGCAGAAGUGAAUGCAGACUGCAUGUACUGGAAUUACGACGCUGCAACUGGAAAGAAAACUUUGAUAUUCUCCAAGUCUACAGAAAUUGGUGACUCCAUAAGUACAAAGGCAGUUGGUAGAGAUGACCGUGUAGAUGUCACCAGGGAUUAUAAAUAUGAGGAAGGCUCUGCAAAAGAAAGAGAUAUUUUUAAAAAAGCCCGUAAGAAGCUGGGACUUGAGGAUAAAUUUGAUCCUACAGCACCAAAACUGGAGGAAAUUGAACAGAAGCCUGACAUCUCAGGAAAAUUCAAGGUGGCUGGCUCUUUAGAAGUUGGCAAAGAUCUCAACCUACUUCUGGUUCUUGAAAAUUUACAAUCUGAUGCUAAGACUGUAAAUGUAAAUAUGACUGCAUGGAGUACUCUGUAUACUAGAAGACGAGUUAAUCAGAUCUGGAAGGACUCCAUAUCUGUCACUCUGGCCCCGAAGGAAGAAAAACAAUUUCCCAUUAAGAUAAAGUAUCCUGAAUACCAGCAGCAGUUAACUACAGAUAAAACAAUCCAGGUCACAGCUUUAUGUCAUGUAGAAAAUGGGAUUCAAGUGCUUGUGAAAAGAAACAUCACCCUAGACAAUCCUGACAUCGACAUACAGGUUCUCGGUGAAGCAAAAGUGAAUAAAGAGGUGGUUGUGGAAGUGGCAUUUACCAACCCUAUAGACACGGAGGUGAAGGACUGCGUGCUGCAGGUGGAGGGCAGUGACCUGCUCCAAGGAGUCCUGGAGUUCCGCUUACCACCACUGAAAGCCAAUGAGAAAUCCAGUACCAAGUUUAAACUUAUCCCUUCUGAGGCGGGUCCCAAACAUCUACUUGUUAAUUUCUCCUGUGAUAAAUUUGCAGAUAUCAAGACCUUUAAGGUGGUAAAUGUGACUAACUAACAUGAAGAUAUACAAGGAGAUGUCUCUGUGUGUAUAAACUGAACAAAAUGUGAUAACAAAUCUUGUAUAGAAAGCAAUGAGAUAAUCAGCAAAACAAAUCUUCACUUCCUCUGAUAAAGGAUCAUCAAUAUCAUAUUAUUGCAAAUUUGCAUUGUAAUUUUAAAUAAACUAAGGAAUGGUUGAUUGUACAUUUACUGUUGUGAGUAUCCAUGUUAUUAAAAAAACAUUUUACCUUCUACUUAGAGACUCUGUGACUUAUGUCUAUCUUUCUUUGGAAUUAAUUCCUCCUGGCUCCAGAUGCCUCUGCCUACACAUUCACAAACUCAUUGUUCCAUACUGAAAACCUUAUCCAGUGGACUUUCAAAGCAGUGCUUCUUUUACUGGAACUGUGAUACUACAACAUAGUGAGGAUGACUUGCACAAUUUAUGUCAUUUAGCUUUGUCUUCUUUGCUACAAACUCUGUCCCUAACAUUUCCACUUUUUUUUUUUUUUUAAAUUAUAGUGACCGAAUGAGGCAUAGGAAAUGUUCAACAGGAAUUUGGGUGGUGUCCACUUUGAGACCCAUUCAACAAACACAUUGGGGUAAUUGCCCAGCUCAGCGUACAUAUUUUAGCAUGUUGAUAUUUUGCACUUGCUGAAAGCCUUCUUUGGGAAUAAAAGUCAGGGUAGUCUUAAGUCUGAGGGUGUUUUGGCUUGAGAAGAGCUAGGAAUUCUUCACUUCAGACUAUGGAAAUCAUCUCUCGGAUUCAAAUUUAGAAAAGUAAAGUUCUACCCUUUAUGGGAGGACUGGUACAGGCUAA